AGGUAACGCCAGAGUUGGCGCAGUUGUCGACGCGGAGGCGAACAAACACCACGCACCACUGGUUGCACAACAUCGACACCCGUGCUCCCUCGUCUCAGACCAGAUAACAAUGGCCUGCGCCCAUGAGAGAAAACUCAUCAGGAGAUGGUUCAUCUUUGUGUUGUUACCUACGUGUUUCGCUGAUCCCCAAUUGGAUUUGCCUCCGUUGCCUCAAAUCUCGAGCACUCCACGCAACCCUUAUGGUGGUUACGGUCUUCUAUCAAGUACUCCAUCGAUAAACAGUCCAGGAAAUCAAUAUGAUAUCCAAAAUAGAAAUUUCCAGUACAGCACUGCGAGACCAAUAAGUACUAGUACAGCAGGAAUCUAUCCAAUUUCGACGACUCCAUUCAAUGGUCGAAUUAAUCCAGAUAUAAGCAACAAUGGAUAUCCGAGUUUAGAUUAUGGAAACGGACGUAAUCCCAGUUCGACGUUACGACCAUACGACGUGAACAGGGAUGAUAGAAUAGAUGUUAACAACGAUCCUAAUUUUAGACGGAAUGAUCCUAAUUUUGCUCGGAACGAUCCAAACUUUGCCGGAGCUAGUCCGUACGAUUUCAACAGGGAUGGAAACUUUAAUACUAUCGACGAUAGAUAUCAUAGAGUGAAUUUACAGCAAGUGAGGGAUUUCUUGGUACGAGCUGAUGAACAGGCGUCGAAGGAAUGCACCAAUAAUGUGGCAGCGCAGUGGAAUUUUGAAACCGACGUGAAUGAUGCAACACAACAUGCUGCGUUAGACGCGCAGCAGCGUUACACGUUGUUCCAGCGCGGGCUGUGGGAAGCGGCCAAGCAGAUACCGAGAGAUAGCAUCAGGGAUUUUGGCACCUACCGACAGUUGCAACUGCUCUCCACUAUCGGAGCAGCCGCGCUGCCACCGGACCAGCUAGAUAGAUAUAAUCGAAUCAUCAACGACAUGCUAGCGGUGUACAACACAGCCGAGAUCUGCGCGUACAACGAACCCUUCAAGUGCGGCUUACACCUACAGCCGCAGUUGCAGGAGAUCAUGUCUCACUCCCGCGACUGGGAUGAGUUACAGCACGUCUGGACUGAGUGGAGGAGGAACACGGGUAGACGGAUACGUGAUUUGUAUGAGCAACUCGUUGAUCUGACAAAUCAGGCUGCGAGGUUGAACAAUUUCACCGAUGCUUCAGCUUUUUGGAUGUUCCCCUACGAGACGGUCAAUAUGAGACAAGAAAUCGAAGAAGUUUGGGAACAGAUUAAGCCACUGUACGAGUUACUCCAUGCAUAUGUUCGUCGUCGUCUACGAGAAGCCUUUGGCCCUGAGAGGAUAUCCAGAUCGGCGCCUAUCCCUGCCCAUGUCCUAGGAGAUAUGUGGGGACAGAGCUGGUCAGGGAUCGUGCCUUACACUCUGCCUUAUCCUGGAAAGAACUUAGUCGAUGUCACCAAGGAAAUGGUUCAACAGGGCUACACUCCACUGACGAUCUUCCAGCUGGCGGAGGAGUUCUUCGUGUCAAUGAACAUGUCAGCGAUGCCACCAGACUUCUGGGCGUUGAGCGUGGUCGAGCAGCCUGUGGACAGGCACGUGCACUGCCAGCCCUCCGCAUGGGACUUUUGUAACCGACAUGAUUAUCGUAUCAAGAUGUGCACUCAUCCAGAUAUGAAAGAUUUGAUCACUGCUCACCACGAGAUGGCUCACGUCGAGUACUUCCUCGCCUACAGGAACCAGCCAAAGGUCUUCCGUGACGGAGCUAAUCCAGGUUUCCACGAAGCUAUCGGCGAGACAAUCGCUCUCUCUGUCGCCUCUCCGCGUCAUCUGCAAACCCUGGGUCUGGUGCAGAAGUCGAUCGACGACACGGCGCACGAUAUCAAUUAUCUGUUCACACAAGCUAUGGACAAGCUGGCCUUCUUACCAUUCGCGCUUGUGAUGGACAAAUGGCGCUGGGAUGUCUUCACUGGUGACAUCAGGAAGGAACAAUACAAUUGUCAUUGGUGGAGGCUCAGGGAGCAAUAUCAAGGCGUGAAGCCACCUGUCCUUCGUUCAGAAAUGGACUUCGAUCCCGGCUCCAAGUAUCACAUUCCCGCUAACAUUCCCUAUAUAAGAUACUUCGUAAGCACAGUACUGCAGUUCCAGAUUCACCGCGCGUUGUGCACGAGAACUGGCCAGUACAUACCCGGCGAGCCCUCGCGCCCGCUGCACAAAUGCGACAUUUACCGGAAUCCGGAGGCCGGUAGGAUACUCAAGCGUCUGAUGGAGCGAGGUUCUUCAGCCCCCUGGAUGCAGGUACUGCAGGACAGUAUCGGUGAGGGGAGAUUAAGCGGGGAGGCUCUACGAGACUACUUCCGUCCGCUCGAAGAAUGGCUGCACAGCGAGAAUCUGCGCACUGGAGAAUAUCUCGGUUGGAGUUACGAUGGAGAUUAUUGUAAAUUUAGUAUCGAGACCGCAGGCCUUCAAGUCUAUGGAGGGUUCUACAACGCGGCUGUCAGAAAUUAUGACGUCACAAGCUUCGUCACCUUACUUGUGACGUCAUUCCUCGCUACAGUAUACGGUGUUCGCACACGAUAAUCACGUCACUUGUAACUUAGACUGUAAUUACAUUACAAGUUAAAAUAUUUUAGGAUACCACCAAUAUAUAUUCGGAUAAAAAUGUUAUGUGUUAUCACUUAUGUUUUUUAAUGCUGUCUUUUAUGUUUGUUUUCUUAUAAUUUACUGUGAUUUAUGUUACGUUUCGUAACUUUGUUUUAGAGGUUGGUUUUAAUAAAAUGCUGUUAAAAUUGUCUUAAAGAUUUUAAUUAUUAUUU